AUGAGCGAUGCUUUGGCACAGACACUCGAUCAGCUACAGAAUCGUCUUUCAAAAGCACAAGCACAACUACGACGAGCAAAGAAAACAGCCGAAGCAAAACGCGCAGUAUUACUGGACUCCCAGGACGUGCUUAGUCGCGAGUUGAAGGAUGCAUUUACCAUGGAUAUGAUGCCGAAACGAAAACGGCCACGUAUUGCACCACCUCCUGGAUUAGUAUCUUUAUUGCCGGCAGCACCAACAUCAUCAUUCUAUACUUCUAUCAACGAUCAUGAUGAGCAAUUGCAGCUAAACACAUGCCAACCUAUCAUCCAAUCUUGCACACUUUGGGCUCAUGAAAAUGGCGACAUUGCUUGGAUUCGUGCUAUCGUUGAAAAUCCAUCAUCAUCCACCUUUUAUCGCGUUCACCUUGCAUUAUCAACAGGCGCCCAAUGUUUAUUACCACAAACGAUCCAUCGAAACACUAUUCUUUCGAUUCCUGGAGGAAAGUCGGCAACAUUAUACGCCUCUUUUACAAUGCUCGAUGAUGUCUUUUUGCAUCAACUCACCGAUUGUUUGGAUGUAAGCUGUCACUAUAUUUCAAAGAACGCCGAAUUGCAUUCCAGCGAGCCGGUACAACCUUUAUGGGAAACAAUGAAUAGCCCUGCACCAACAUGGAUAAAGUCAGGGGUGGAACGAGAGCUUCAUGUGCUUUUCAGGUCACGUGCAUCCAUGUCGGUCAAAGAAGAUCCCAUGAUGGUGUUGGACGAAAUCAUUAAGCUGCUUGAUUUGCAACGUAACACGGAAACCUCGCUGCUAUAUACCCCAGAUCAGCAAUUGGUGAUCCAUCCAAUCGAGAGCAACCUUAUUCAUAUGUACAGCAUAACGGAUCGUGUUCUUGCCAAAGCUAUCGACAAGUUGAAAAGGCAUUCCAUGGUAGAGAAUGUAAAGUAUACUCACCCACUUCCUGUGGAGCAUGACGUGCGUGAUUUAUUGGUCGCGUUGCAAGAUGAAAUCGGUUACAUGGAAAGCAUUGAUUCAAAGGAAGACAAGGAUCAGCAAUUGUUGGCUGCCCGAGAAAAUACGCUCACGUUAUUUAACACCAUCCUACAAACGCGUACAUCCCAUUUCUUGUAA